AGAUGGACGUCUGAUGUGUACCCCCUCGGUUAUUACGGCCCCUGGACGCGGAAUCCCUCGGAAUCCUCGACUGAACAAAUACUACAAAUGGCGACUCCAGGUCGUGAAUUGAUUCAGCUUAACCCUUCCAGAUCGGGCUCACAGGACUUCUCAAAUUUACUCUCAGCAACAUUUAAAAAUGUCUGGAAACGCUUUUCAAUCAAUCCAGAGAUUUCAACUUUUAUCACAAAUUCUGCUGAUUCUGCGGGUAGUGAGCAACUGUCAUAUGUACUGGAAAUUAAAGAGAUUAGCGGCAAAUACAAUCUUCAUCUGGGUUGUUUGUCACGAGUGGAAUCCGUUAUCAAUCAUGCUACUGAUUUGCUACUUUCAAAAGUCUGCAGAUGGAAUGUUGUGGACACCUGCCUUAAUUCAUCUAAUGGGCAGUCAGCUAACAGUGAAUGUUUACUCGAAACGCUGUGUGGAACUGUAACAGCUGGUUCCCUGAAUAAGCUCUUCAUUGCCAGCCAAUUGUUAUGCAUAGACGAUAUAUUUUUUAACGGACGCAAAAUGACGGUUGGGCGUAAUCUGUCUGUCGAAAUGGAUGAAAAAGCAUUCCUUCUGGAAAAACGCACACCGCUACGGCGAAAAAUCAUCAUCAAUAAACCAUCUAGAAAUUACCUACUACCAAAAGUGGAUGAUCACUCAGAGGUCAUUUUGGAGACAAGGAAAUUAAAAUAUGGGGCUAACUAUAGGACAAACCCACGGUAUCGAAAAACACUGGGGUUGCAGGGAUGCAAGGCAAUAUUUGAGUCAGAACCGUGUAACGUUUCCUUCGGCUUUUAUGAAAUUGGAAGAGUCUAUGAGGUAAAAAUCAAGAUAAGAAAUGUUUCACAAAUAUCGCGACCUUUGCGAUUUCUCCCCCCAAGGACUAAAUAUUUCUCUGUGUCCAAUUGCAAAUUUCCGGCUUCAACAAAAAACUUCGUUGCCUCAGGGAUGUCCGUUCAUCUGACGCUCCAAUUUCAGCCUGAUUCACUUGGGCCAUUUGAAGACGAAUUGGUGAUCGAAUGUGAUCACACCCUGGAACCCCUCGUCAUCCCGAUUAGAUCUCAAAAAGUUCAACCCAAAUUAUGUUAUCCGAAUCCAUUCUGUGUCGGAGAGUGUCUUGUGGCGGGGGAAAAGCAUGUCGAAUUUCACGUAGAAAAUCAGAACGCAUUCAGUGGCGCCAGGGGGAGAUUCAUCUUGAUGGGCCAAGAAGAAUUCACUCGAUAUGAAACCCAGGGAUUGAAUCAAUUUGAGCACUUUUGGCCAUCAUCUGAGAACACUCAACAACUGGAAAUUGGCGCUUUUACAAUCUCUCCUAUCGCCUUCCAACUUGAUCCACUUGAGACCACAGCCCUGAACGUCUGGUUCCGUCCGUUUGAGGUUGGCAGGCAAAUAGUCAAAUGUGUACUGGUUUGCGACCACGGAAAAAACGACGAACUAGUAGUUGAAGGAAUCGGAGAAGAGAUGGCUAUCCUUGUGAAGUCGAUCGACGGUCUAGAUGCAGACAGUGACUUGAAGGUUUUUCGACGCACUGCCCACACUCCUUCUUUUAUCUCCUACCUGUACCAAUUGCCUACGCAAUAUCCUCAUACGGUGUCAUCAAGGAGACUUGUGAUUCAAAACUUAUGACCAUUUCACGAUCAGUGAGUCUACGUUUAUAUCGCUUCCGUUUUGUUUCCAGCAAACCUGCGGGUUGGCAAAUUGUGCAUCCUAUCCUUACGGAACAACCGUUUGUGCCCUGUUUAUUUCAAUUUUCAGUAAUUCUGCCUUGCGAUAUGAAUGGAAACGUCUGAGUGACGAUGGGACACUCAUAUCAUUGGACAAAGAACCGGAUCAAGCUCCGUGCAUUCGCGCUGCUGCUGUCUGCGAUGAGGGACAUCAUCACAUGUGGAAUCCCUGGUUUACCAUACGGUCUGAAAACGGGUGCCUGGGGGCACAUCUAACGACGGAAUUUGAGAUCAUAUGCAGACCUAUUAAAGUAGGUUACCUUGACUCGCAUUAGCCAAGUCGGGUCACGUGAUUGAGCACAAAAGUUGACUUCGGUCAACUGGUAGGUUAAGUUGACCAGAAACAAACAAUACUUUUCUUUUUUAUAAUGAAUACAACUUAUCUCCAUCACUUUUUGUGCUUCUGCCUCUCCGAAGGUCGGUGAACAUCGGGCAAAGUUCUGCCUUGUCCUGCUUUCUGUCCCUCAACUAACACAUGGUUCUGGGGAGCGGAUCACAGCCGAUUUGAUUCCUAUCGAGCUGGAACUUCGUGUGGAAGUGGUGCCUCUUCCUCUAGUCCUCCUGCCAGCGGUCCUCGUCUUCCCAGGCAAAUGCUGCAUCGGAACUCCUAUACAACAAAGCGUCAAGGUGAGCCAGUCAUUGCAAAGUUGUCUUUUAAGUAAGUUUCUUUUCACUCCGUUCAUUCGAAAUAGACGAAUUAGCUCGCUUAAAUUAAUAGGGUUUUUCUACUGCUAACUAUCGAUGGGCAAUAGGAUAGUAACCAAAUUUAUUCUUCGUACCUCACCAUAAAACUAAUAGCAACGCGCUCACAUACACAAGAACCGGCUGUGAAAGAGAUUAACACCAAUUAACAAAAUAUGACGAGGUUGCAAUAAUCACUGUAUACAAAUGAUUCCUAGAGGCUUUCUGCAAAUGCGCGCCUCGCUGUUACAAGUCGCUUGUAAAAACCACUAUACGAAAAUGAGAGCACAAGAGUUCAUUCGUAGUAUCGGCGCCGCGAUUGUGUUGUAAUAAUAAAUCUCAUCUUGGGCCGCGAUUUACUUGAAAAUUAAUUUGAUCAUUCCGUUCAAUAAGAACGCAUCCGACGUUCAGACACAUUGGCUCUCACUGUUACACACCGCGGCUUGUUCCACCCUUGUUCGAACUCUCCGGAUAGAGUUAACGGAAGCCGUAGGUGGAAAGCGAAACGUGGAUGUCGAUGACUGAAGCUUUCAUCAAAUCAAGAAAAAUACCAUGCCCCUACUAGAAAGAGGUAUCUUCAUCACUAAGACAGUGAUUCCUGCAUAAACCUUUCGUCGCAACCGUUAAUAAUUAAAUGUUGGUUUCUAAGUACCUUUUCGAUUAUAAGCGUUUCCUGUUUACUUAGCACUUAUCCUACUAAUAAUCCUAAUUUAACCGAAAAAACGUAGACGUCAGUCGCAACCCAUUCUUUGGCUGUGAUGGAUCAAUGAUCAACCGCUCGCACACCACUGUAGGUCCACCAAGCUAAGCAAAUUGACUUAGUUUCUCUUGUUUCUCGGAAGCAUGAGACAAAGACCUAGCAACAGACUGACAUUUCCCCAACAACACCUUGUGUGUUGCAGGAACAAAGCGCAGCUCAAAAGAUGACCGUGUUACAGAGAGUUGUCCCAGAGUGCCCACACCACAUCACGCGCGUUAGGCAAACAGAGACGUCGCCAGUGUAAGCCAAGUAACCAGUUUUCUACUAAGCAAGCUUUAUACCUGUAUGGUGAUUCCCUAACAGAGGACACUCUAUGGCAGAAUGGGCAGAAAUUGGGUAGAGCUGUGGUAGCGCGAAAGCUCUGGUUAAGGCAACUUCUGUUCGAAAAGCCAUUUGAUAGAUCUUGAAGUAAAAUGACGCGAUGCGCGUGGUUGGUCCCCUCGAAGUGAACAGAUGGAAGGUUUAUGACGGAUAUAAAAAGCAUUGGAUUAAUAUGUCCCGUAAAUUGGUAAUAGCAAAAAUUGCAAACUCGAAUAUUACAUAAGUGGGCCAAAGAAAAUGCGCAUCAAUAUAACGAUGGAGUAAGUACGUCAGUAAAUAAGGUUGUGGGAAUGAGAUGAAUUAUGCAAAACGGAAUGACAAGUUAUUAUGGGCAAUGCUUAAGGCAAAUAAAUAGGGAAUUGCUCGACCUUUUGCACAGAUGUACGUGCGCCACAGUGGGUUACAGUUCCAAGGAAACUGCUAAGCCUGAAUAUGCCCCAGAAUAUCAGUUCAACUAACAAGGUGUAUGAAUCUCAGUGCGAUAUCCAACUCGUUUUUGAAAAUGGCUAAGUUUGGGGCACAUAAAAUUUAGUUUGGAAGAUCGUUCCAGAGUUGGCAGACUUGGAGGGAGAAAUAGGUUCGUCGGCAAUCUAAAUGGCUGUAUUGUUGACUUAGUUUCAGGUGACUAACUGUCAGGUUGGUGUUCAGACUGAGUUUUAAAAGGUGGCGGUGUACGUGACUAGGGUCGAUCAGUAAUUGGUAUACCAUGAUGAGGUCUUCACGCAGCCGGCGGUGGUUUUCACGGCACACUCCGUGCUUUCCAGUCUUUAUUGCCACUGGAGGUUGCGCAAACAAUUGAUAUUUUUAUUUUUUUAACCCUGGGGGAUUUCGAGCGCUGCGUGCUUAUGCAUUUGCCAAGCUUGACGUGCCCAGAUAACGUACUAGAGGUUGGUACGUACGUGGGAAUCGAGUAUCAGAGGAAAGAUGGUUGAAUUCAAACCCCGCGUGCCAUCUGCAACAGACCAACAUCAUCAUCAUCAUCGUUAUACACGUUAGCUACAGGUGAAACACACCUCAACUAUUGUGUCGCAAU